AUGAAGAACAGAUUCGGAUUCUCUGUUUUGUUGACCAUUGUAGUUUUCGGAAGCUACCAGCUGAGUGUUGAAUCCAAGAAACUUUUAUCCCAAAUUGGCGGUCUAGAAGUUGUACUCAAAGCUGAGAAGGAGCAAAGGAAAGAAACUGUUUGGUUGUCAUUUUUGUCGGGGAAGUCUGAACAGAAAGAAGUUAAGAAGCUGUUAAAGGCUAAGCAUCCCAGCCUGAAAGCAAAGCGAAAGACAGUUGAAGGGAGCAAAUGCCUCAAGAUCUCUUCAAACCCAAAAACGUCUACAAAAGCAGAAUCGGAACAGAAGGAGCCACCAAAGGAAAAAGCAGUUCAAGGGGAGGAUAACGCAGAGCUGAAGCAAGACAAAUACAUUCGAUCGAUUCGAAAACGUCUCCGACAGAUUGAAGAGCUGGAGGAAAAAAAACAAAGAGGGGAAUCUUUGAAUGCAGAGCAAGUGAAGAAGAUUUUGAGAAAGGUGGAGGUACAGAAGGAGUUACAAGCUGCGACUAAGACAACCUCAGCACCCGAGAAGACCUCGGAUAGCGAUGACGAUGACCGGACUCGCGGCCGAGAUCCGAUGCUGGUUGCUCCGACGAAGACUAACUAUGAGAUGAUGAAGCUUAUAAGACAGAAGGUGACGUUGCCAGUAGUGUCUCGACUUGCUCAUGAGCUCCAGAUCGAGGCUGUACGAUCCACCGACGAGUACAAGAGGAGGAGAGAACUUCGGAGGUCGAGGAAGAAGAAAGAAGAAAUAGUGGAAGAUGAAGAAGAUUUGUGCAUUGGCGAGCCGCAGUUUGGUCCUAACGGCGAGAUGUUGGAUGUGAUCUGGAGGAACGUAUCAGAACCCAAGACUGCACAAACCGCCGAGGUGAAGCAGAAGAAGCGAAAGAAAGAGGCUCCUCCUCCCAAAUCUCCCGAACCCCCCGAACCUCAAGAUCCACCAGGGAACAAGGAGGCCCUGGAGCUUCGGUUGACACCGACCAAGAAGGGUCAGACAUCUCCGUUUGCAGGCAAAGUGAAGAUCACGGAGGGGGAGCUGCUGCUGGGCACCAACUCAGAUGGGACGCUCAAGGAGAGGCUGGAGCUUCUGACUCAAGUCUCUCUCAAGGAUCUGUGUCGUCGUGCUGGAGUGCCGGUGAGCGGGAAGAAAGAAGAACAGAUCAACCGGCUCUUGGGGCCUCUUUCACUCAUGAUCGCUAAGGAGAAGAAGUAA